GCGGCCUGGCCCAAUUUUUGAACAGCAUAAUCCGUCAAACCGUGAAGCGGAAAGAACAUUCUCCGCUCCGGUUGAAAGAACAUUCUAGAGAAAAUGAAGGCAAGGUAUAUCAGAGAAGCGGAUCAAUAAAAUUUCCGUCGGAAUGGAAAUGACGGAACCGGAGAGGAUGGCAGGAGGGGGAGUGGCGUUGAAUUUUCCUGCAAACGAUGAGGAGACGACAACGUCGUCUUCUCUUUCUCCUCCGCUUAGGGCACCUCCUCGGAGAUUGAGACGACGUCUGCUUGCGGAGCCUAAAACCCCUCUAACUGCUGAAGACAUCGAAACUAAGUUCAGAGAAGCCGAUCUCCGACGACAGGCUAAGAGACAAAGGGGAGAAUAUUUGAGGCAGAGAAGAAACCUGAAUAGUCAUUUGUAUUCCAACUCAAAAAUGAUCCGUGAGCAGGAGUUCCUUUCAAGAAAGUUAGCAAGGUGUUGGAAGCGCUUUAUACAAUUGAGGAAAACUACUGUUUCUUUGGCAAAAGCAUAUGUAUCAUUAGAUAUUAAUGUAGAAUCUGUUAAAUCACUGCCAUUUGAGCAGAUUGCUACCAUCAUCAAGUCUGCAAAAACUAUUGAUAUUCUGAAAGCUCUGGUUGGUCGUCUAGAAAGUCGCCUCAGGAUCUCACAGGCAACUAUGGGUAGUCAGUCUAGUAUAGAGAACAUUGAUGACCUUCUUAUUCUUGUUGCUUUCCCAAGUAAUAAGGGCAAUUCUAGCAGUACCAUCCAGAAAGCUGCAACAACUACCGCGCCUACUAGAGAGGAAGUUCAGGCACCAACCAAGUUAUCAAGGUAUCCAGUCAGAGUUGUGCUAUGUGCUUACAUGAUUGUGGGACAUCCUGAUGCAGUACUCAAUGGGCAGGGCGAGUGUGAGAUUUCUGUGGCCGAAUCUGCAGUUAACUUCAUUCGAGAGUUUGAGUUGUUGAUCAAGAUUACAAUUGAUGGCCCUAUUCAAUCUUCAAAAGAGGAGGUAUCCUCUGGAAUUUCAAGUCGAAAGACUUUCAGAUCUCAGCUGGAAACUUUUGAUAAAGCAUGGUGCAACUACCUGCGUCACUUUGUAACAUGGAAGUUAAAGGAUGCUAAACUGUUAGAGGAGGAUUUACUGAGGGCCGCAUGCCAACUUGAAAUUUCUAUGAUGCAGAUUAGUAACCUCACUUUGGCAGAUGAUGGAGGUCUUGCUCAAGAUAUGGAGUCUAUCAAGAAGCAGAUUUUGGAUGAACAGAGACUUUUAGUGAGAAAAUUGCUGCACCUCAGUGGUAAUGCUGGACUUAAACGUGUGGAAUACGCUCUUGCUGAUGCGCGGUCAAAAUUUAUUGGAGAAAAGUUACCUGGCAGUUCAUCAAAAUCUCCUAUUCCUCAAUUUUCACCUUCAUCUUCCCCUGGUUCAUUGAAGGGAUGUCCAGCUUCCAACUCUGUUGAGAUAAGUUUUUCAGCAGAAACCUGUCAAGGCUCGAGUGGCAUAGUUCACUCCUUAUUUGAGGUAGAUGAUCCUUCUGCAGGCAAAGAAACCAGUUCUUCCUCUCCAAAGAGCACAUCUGAUGACCAUUGGAGCUCCAAUGAAUUGUUGCCUAGUGAGAAUGAAUUACUUGUAAAUGAAAUUAUUCAUGAACGUUGCCAUGGAUUUUCUGAUAGUCUUAAUGCUAUCAAUAAAGAUCAGGACAGUUUUAAGGAAAAAGUGAAAGAUACUAUGGAAAAGGCUUUUUGGGAUAGUGUUACGGAAUCUAUCAAAGAGGAUGACCCUGACUUUAGUUGGGUUCUUAAACUCAUGAAGGAAGUCAGGGAUGAGCUGUGUGAGAUGUCUCCUCAGAGUUGGAGACAGGAGAUUGUUGAGACUAUUGAUGUUGAUAUUCUCUCACAGGUUCUGAGAUCAGGAACAUUAGAUAUGGGUUAUCUAGGGAAGAUCCUGGAGUUUGCAUUAGUCACUUUGCAAAAACUUUCUGCCUCAGCAAAUGAUGAGGAAAUAAAAAGCUCUCACAAUAAGUUACUGAAAGAACUAGGGGACAUGUCUAAAGCUCGAGAUAAAUCAAAUGCCUCAGUUUCCCUCUUAUUGAUUAAAGGUCUGCGUUUCGUCCUGCUGGAGAUUCAGGCUCUUAAGAGAGAGAUCAGCAAAGCUCGAAUUAGACUUGUAAAACCACUCAUCAAGGGGCCAGCUGGUCUGGAAUAUCUGAAAAAAGCUUUUGCCAAUCGAUAUGGGCCCCCGACUGCUGCACUAUCCUCUUUGACUUUAACAAGGCAGUGGCUUUCAUCCGUGUACCCAGUUGCAGAUAAAGAGUGGGAUGACUACAGGGAAUCCCUAUCUGCUCUAGGAAAUAAUGUAGGUUCUUCCCAAGUGCUACUCCCAACAACUCUUCGAACUGGAGGCAUGAUCUCAGUUGCAUCAAAAAUUGAAUCUACAGCUUCAGGUUCUGACCAACCAGAAUGCAACGGAGAAAAGAUUGACGCAUUGGUUAGGCUUAGCUUGUUAAAGCUUGUAAGUCAGGUAGCAGGGCUUACUCUGGAAACUCUGCCUGAAACUCUUAAACUAAACCUCUCCUGGCUGAGAGUUGUCCAGUCACAAGUUCAGAAAAUCAUAGUGAUCUCUACCAGUAUGUUGAUCCUCCGACAAAUGCUACUGACUGAGAAGUUAGUAACCAAUACUUUGGAAAUGGAAGAUAUAGUAUCCAAGUGCAGCAAGCAAAUGUCGGAGCUGCUAGACAAUGUUGAAGAUGUAGGGAUAUCGGAAAUGGUUGCUACAGUAAGUAGUUCCUUGAAAGAUGGUGGUAAUGGGCUUGAUGCUGAGAAACUCCAAGCGAAAGAGGAGAUUAUAGAAAACAUGUUGAGGAAGAGCUUACAAGCUGGGGAUCCCAUAUUUAUACAAGUGUCCCGCUGUGUUUAUCUAGCUUUAAGAGGAGCUGUUUUUGGAGGAACUGGAUAUAAAGGAAGGCAAUUGGUGGUGGCAGCUCUUCACCGAGUGGGAGCUGCACCUCUUGCAGAUAGAGUAAUUGAGGCUGCCGAAGUUCUGAUUGUGGUAGCAACAGUUUCUGGCAGUGUUCAUGCAGAUUGGUAUGAAGAACUGCUUAAGAGUAUGUAAUUAGUUUGUGAACUGUAAUAAGGAUGCGUGUAUUGUUAUGUAUACGAGUGCUUGAUUAUGAAAUUGAGUUAAAUGUAUAGUAGCUAACCUUUAUAGUUGAUUGAACACUAUCAUAGGGGCUGAUGUUUGAAUUAUUCAUGAAAUGCAGUUGUAAAUAUAAUAAUAGUUAUGCAGAUAAUCCGUUAUUCAAA